AGUCCAAAACUUUUUCGUUAAAAAAAGUGUCUUAUCUUUCUUUUCAACUGUGAGGUACACAAAAAAAGAAUCUCAAACUGCAUAGAGAGUACCCUUUUUGUGUAAAUAAUUUUGAGAAUUCAUCAAUGGCAACUUUAAGCAGCUUCUUGAAGAAAAGAUCAUUAUGCAAUAAUAAUUAUAAUAAUGUUGAUUUGAUCAGAGCAGCUAGCAACAGAUUGUUCUCUACAGAAUUUCCUCAUACUAACAUCAAGUCUCAAGUUUCUCAAUUAAUUGGGAAAACGCCAAUGGUUUAUCUUAACAAAGUGACAGAAGGAUGUGGAGCAUAUAUAGCUGUGAAACAAGAAAUGUUUCAACCAACUUCUAGCAUCAAAGACAGACCAGCAUUGGCAAUGAUCAAUGAUGCAGAAAAGAAAGGCUUCAUAUCACCUGAAAAGACGACGUUGAUUGAGCCAACAUCAGGAAAUAUGGGGAUCAGUAUGGCAUUUAUGGCAGCAAUGAAAGGCUACAAAAUGGUUUUGACAAUGCCUUCGUACACGAGCAUGGAGAGGAGAGUGACAAUGAGAGCAUUUGGAGCCGAUUUAAUCCUCACCGAUCCAACUAAAGGAAUGGGAGGGACUGUUAAGAAGGCUUAUGAACUUUUGGAAUCUACAUCUAAUGCUUUCAUGCUUCAACAAUUUUCCAACCCUGCAAACACUCAGGUUCAUUUUGAGACAACUGGCCCUGAAAUAUGGGAAGAAACUUUGGGUAAUGUUGACAUAUUUGUCAUGGGAAUAGGAAGUGGAGGCACUGUUACUGGUGUUGGACAGUAUCUUAAAUCCAAAAAUCCUAAUGUCAAGAUAUAUGGACUCGAGCCAACUGAAAGCAAUAUACUGAAUGGUGGAAAACCAGGUCCUCAUCACAUAACAGGAAAUGGGGUCGGAUUCAAGCCAGAUAUCCUUGACAUGGAUCUAAUGGAGGAAGUACUAAUGGUUUCUAGCGAAGACGCAGUAAACAUGGCUAGGGAGUUGGCUGUGAAGGAAGGGCUCAUGGUUGGGAUAUCAUCGGGAGCUAAUACAGUAGCAGCUCUUAGACUUGCUCAAAAACCAGAAAACAAAGGCAAACUCAUAGUGACUGUACAUGCAAGUUUUGGAGAGAGGUACUUAUCAUCUGUGUUGUAUCAAGAUCUGAGGAAAGAAGCUGAGAACAUGCAACCUGUUUCAGUCGAUUAAAUAUCGAAAACUCUGCAAGAAAAAUGUAAUGUUCUGAAUGUCUGUCUAGUGUUGGAUGAUUACCUUUAUGAAUUUUGUUGUUGCUAUAUCUUACCAGCAAGUUAAUUUAUUGUUAGUUUUGAUAUGAA